AUGAAGUUCAUCUAUCUUUUGGCCCCUCUCUCGCUCGUGGCCGGUGUGAUGGCUGCCGCCCACCCCAGGCGUGACAGCGGUUGGCAAGACUGUCUUUCGCAGACUGAGGCGGAGUCGAUUGUCAACCAAUACAUCUCGAUCCUUGAACAUACCGACGUUGCUGCAGCCAAUGCAACCGCACAAAGCCUUCUCGAUGCAAACUACACCGAGACCAGCGACUCGAUCUUGUCGCUUGAAGGACUGCCGCUCGGAACCGCCACCUUCGUCGGCAAGGACGUGUAUAUCGACGGAACUCUCAGUUCACCAGGUUUGAAUGGUAUCACCACCAUCGAGAUCCUCGUCGCAGGCUGCACCAAGGUGCUUUGGUAUUGGAACUUCUUGGGCGUCGGCAGCGGGCAGUAUGAGGUCAAGGGCUUCAAUCUGUUCACCAUCACGGACUCGUUGCAGAUCUCGGAGACCCAUCUAGAGUUCAACUCUAUCGCUUGGGGUCUCGACACAGGGUACCAGGUGAUCUUUCCCUCGAGUCCAGCUCCCACUCGCAAGUGA